AUGGAUUCGUUUCCAGACCCGAUUUUGUCUGCGAGGAGACGAAACAUAUUGACCAGAUUCUGUAUGGGCAUCGCCGCAUCUCUCGUUCUCCUCACACUUCUCUCUCUAACUAACUCUGUUCCUUUCGUCUCUCCUCUGCUCAAAGGUCUCAAAACCUCCAAUCUCAACAUCCCUACUCAGUUCAAUUCUUCAGACUCAUCUCCUUCUUCUUCUUCCUCCAAUCAAGUGCCCAAAGUAGUGAAUCUCACCAACGAAGUUCCAGAUGUCAAAGUCACAAGCUCUGAUGCCCAACAGAGAACUGGAGAUGCUGGUUCGAAGAAUUCGGGAGAUAUCUAA